AAUUCGAGUCCUUGCUUUGGAGGUGGAGCAAGCAGGCAGCAGCAUCAAAACGAAGUGUUUCGUGUUCCUGCUGUGGAGGAACCAAUUGUUCUUCAUCUCUUUUCUCUGAUCAGGGGAAAAGAGCCUCUUUUUUCUUCUUGUUAGUCAGUUGGUCAUUACCAAGAAAAAACUUUGAGAGAACUUUGAAUUUCUGAUAGUUUUUGUUUGUGAGAUGGCUACUAUGUCUGCUGCUUUGCUGCUGCUUGCUGCCUUGAGUGGCUGCACUUUCGAUUUGGCUCAAGCCACUCCAGUGAAGAAGGAUGAAAUGAUCAAAUGGGAACCAGCCACUGCAACAUGGUAUGGAAGUCCCAAUGGAGCUGGAACUGAUGGUGGAGCUUGUGGAUAUGGAAGCCUGCCCAACACACCCUAUGGCUCAGAUGUAGGUGCUGGGAGCCCAAUUCUUUUCAUGAAUGGAAUUGGCUGUGGAACUUGUUUUGAGGUGAAGUGCGUCGACGGGCAGCUCUGCUCGCCUCAGCCCGUCAACGUGGUCAUCACUGACGAGUGUCCCGGAGGCUACUGCUCGGGAGGAAGAACACACUUUGAUCUCAGUGGCACUGCCUUUGGAAAGAUGGCCAGCGGCAGCGCAAACAUCCAGCACCUCCUCGCCGCGGGAGUUCUCAAUGUUCUCUACAGACGUGCUCCAUGCAUCUACAAGAGCCAGGGCGUCGUGUUCCAGGUCGCCGAUGGCUCCACACCCUUUUGGUUUGAGACAGUUAUCAGAUAUCUGGAUGGUCCGGGAGAUCUUGCAACAGUCGAGCUCCAACAGUUUGGGUCUUCUGCUUGGCAGCCGAUGAGCCAAGUUUGGGGGGCAAACUGGUGCCUGAACGCAGGUGGCGGCACGCCUUUGAGAGCUCCAUUUUCGAUUCGGCUCACGGCACUUCAAACCGGAGAGAAGAUCAUCGCCCACAAUGUCAUUCCUGCGAAUUGGGCACCCCAACACAGCUAUUCCACUGGUGUCAACUUUGACACCCGCAACUAUUGACGAGAGUACUCAGGGGCUUCUGUAGUGUGUGAAAAAAUGCCACACUCGGGCCAACGAAAAUUCAAAUCAAAGUUUGAAAAGAAGUGUCACUCGUUUCUCCAGAUGCAUGUUUCAUGCCUAUGUCAUUCACAACAAUGUAAGAUCCAUCUGGAGAUUCAAGAUAACCAUCUGAAUCAUCACCCGCACUUGGAUAAUCUGCAAAACUUGUGGAUUAUCAAGGCUUGUAGUGAUCUAGCAACAGAUUUUGAAUAUGAUGCUUCCUUCAUACACAGUGUGCCUGAUCAAGAUCCCGUGAGUAAUCUCCAUAGUACCGUAGUUUAGAAUUGAGAUGGGGCGGUGGCAAGAACAUUAAAAAGC